AUGGAUAUUCUUGACGCCACGAGUGAAAAAGAAGGUUGUAUUCAAUUCUCAAUGCUGACUCACAAAUUUUUGGGAGCAGAAGAUUGUUUAUUUAAUAAUAUCCACAUACCGAAGAUACCUCAAAAAAACGAAGCUCUCAGGCCAGUAAUUGUCAACAUUCAUCCAGGAGCAUACAGAUUUGGUUCUCCACAUACGAAUUUUUACGGAUCACCUGAAUUCAUCAUGCAUAACGAUGUCGUAUAUGUUUGUAUUUCAUACAGAUUACACAUUUUGGGAUACCUGAAUUUGAAUUUAAAGGAAUGUUCGGGCAAUCAAGCCAUUAAAGAUAUAAUUCUAUCGCUGCAAUGGAUCAAAAACAAUAUACGAUCAUUCGGAGGUGAUCCAGAUAAUAUAACAUUGCUUGGAAGUAGCAGUGGGUCAACACUUACACAAAUUUUACUCUUAUCACCUUCAACUCAGGGGAAAGCUGUAUUAAUGGGUGGACACUUGACCAAUCCCGUAAUACCUCAUCAAAAAACAAAUGAAACUCACGCACGCGAAAUAGCAAAAACUCUUGGUUAUGAUGGAAAUGUUCUAGAUAAUGAAAAAGUAUUAAUGUUCUUAAGAGAGCAAGAACCUCUAUCGUUAAUUGAAGGAUUUAGACGCUGCGAGAAGAAUUUACAUCAGACAAAUCCGGUGCUGUUAGCGUGCUAUGGUCCAUAUAUCACUACAUUAUUCCACGCCGCCGAAAAUAGGGACUAA